AUGUCUAAUAAUAUGAAUCUAUCGAUACAAAUAUUACCAGUGGAAAUAUUUCAUCGUAUUUUUGAUAGUGUUGAUGCUCAAACUAUUUUAUUUUCAAUUCGAUCAGUAUGUCGAUUAUUUCGAGCAAUGGUUAAUAGUUAUGAUCGAUAUAAUUUGGAUUUUAAGUUAAUAUCAAAGUCAAAUUUUCAUCUAUUGUGUCGUUUAAUUAAUCCACAGAAUGUUUUAUCAUUAAGACUUUGUAAUGAUGAAUACACACCAAAACAAAUAACUUUAUUUAUUUCAUUGAUUCGUCUUCGACAAUUUACUCGACUUCGUUCAAUAACAUUUAUUGGUAUUGAAGAAUUUCAAUUGAACAUGAUUUUAAAACGUAUCAAUUUAAAUUUAUUGACUUCAUUUUCAUUACAUAUUCAACAAUAUGAUAGUAGACGAAAAAAAACAACAGCAAAUUUUCUUUCAUCAAUUUUAGCAAAAUCUAAUAUACGAAAAAUUAAGUUGAGUAUAAACAAUGAUCGAAUAUCUAAUAUAUCAUGGCCUGUCAAUUGUAGAAUCAAUUAUUUAGUUAUAGAUUCUGAGAUUAGUUUUGACAAUAUGUUAAAUAUUUUUUCAUGUUCUUCUCAAUUACAUACACUUAUUCUAAAACAAAACUUACCAAAGUUCAUUAAGAAUAUGAAAGAGAUAUGUGUUUUUCCACAAAUAACUUCAUUGACCAUAGAAAAAUUACAUGUUACAAUCGAUCAACUUGAAUCAUUUCUUGUCUUAAUGCCAUCACUUAUUUAUCUAAAAUUAAUAGGUGAACAAUGUGAAUUAGAUGGUAAACGAUGUGAACAAUUUAUUCAAAUAAAUCUUCCCUAUUUGAAUGAUUUUGAAUUUUUUAUUGAUAUUACAAAAUCAAUUUCUCAAAUGCCAGAAGAUCUUGAAUUAAUAAUUGAAUCAUUUCGAAGUCCAUUUUGGAUUGAAUAUAAAAAGUGGUUUGUAGUUUCUCAAAUACAUUCUAAUGAUUCAUAUAGAAUUCACAUUUAUUCGAUACCAAUUUGUAAAUCUGUUCUUCAAUAUGAAUUUGAUUCAUAUCAUACUUAUCGUUCAAACUUGACAACAUUGUUGAAAAAUGAUCCAUUCACAACGAAGAAUAUCACUGAACUUGUUUUACCAUUUAAAUCAUCAACAUUUGAAAAUAUGACAGAAGAAAGAUUAACACAAGCCAGCGUGAUGUUUCCUAAUGUCACUAAACUUAAUUUAACAAUUGAAAGACGAUCUUUUCUGGAUUCACUAAAAUUGCUUACUCCAAUAAUCAAUGUUUCCAAAUUGGUGGAAGUUAAAUUAGAAAGUCAUUGUUUUCAUAAAGAUAAUCAAAAUACUUUGUUUGAUAUUAUUUCUAUUCUUGAACAAGCAUAUUCCCUUUCAACGUUAAUAGUUCAUAGUCGUUAUUGUAAAUAUGAAUUGUAUCCAUAUUUAAAUCGUAUAUGUUCAAUUAUUCCACGUCAGAUCAAACAUUUACAAAUACCGAUGAACCAAUUAAAUUAUAUUGAAAUCAUUUUAGAACGAUGUCAGAAUCUCACAGUUGUGCAAUUUGAAAUAACACGUUCAAAAUUUUCUCAAGAAGUCAUCGGUUGGUUUAAUCAGAAUACUAAGGAUUCAACAUUUCAAAGACAUGCUGGAUGUGAUAUUAUAUGGAUUGGAAAGAAAAUAAAUCACAUCGAAGAUAGUCAUAAACGAUUUAAGUUGGAUGAAAAUCAAUGUGACUCUUAA